AUAAACGACGCACUUAAAAAUCCAUGCAUCUGUUCUGGAUGGAGCGCAAAGCAACAAACAAACAGACCGAUCGAGGAAAGAUAGCAUAGAGAGUUGUUCUGCCAUAUCCUAUAGCGAAUUCACAUUUUGUCCAAUCAAGAGGUUACGUCUUCACUAUGACCCAUGUGAACAGUGAUUCACCAGCGGCCAAAGGGAAAGCAACCUCCCAGGUGAAAUCCAGUGCAGAGGACUUCGGUGGGGACCUGACUGAGUUCACUUCCAAAUUCAUUUCUGCCGAGGAUCUGGAACGCAUGCAUCGUUCUUCAGAACCUCACAGACUUUUCACCCUUAGCUCACCAAGGCUUAAUUUGGACCUCAGGGCUGAGACUCUGAAGGUUGCGCGGGAUGCUGCAACAGGCCAAGAACAGGCUUUGAAGGUGGCCAUAGAAAGCAUAAGGAGAGAGAUGAAGCAAGUGAUGAGGAGCAGACAGGGGGAAAGAGAGAGGAAGUUAGCAGUCCUGCUGGAGGGUAGAGAGACGCGGGUCAUGGAAGUGGAGAAAUGGAGAAACGAGGGAAAAAAACAUCUCUCCCAUCAAAAAAGGGAAGAAGGAGAGUGUUUAAUGCUCAAAGACGCUAUUGCUCAGCUACCCAGGGUAAUACAUUCCCUGGACCGCAUGAGAAUGGUGGAGCUUGAGGAGUGGGUGAAGAAAGAGGAAGAAGAGGACAGCUUGGAGUGGACAACGUGGAGGGAGCAAGUUUUACACUUGGACACCAUCACCAGGCAGCAGAGCAGAGACGCAGUGGCCAGAGUCGCUCAGCUCUGGAAUACAGCAGAAAAUGGAGGACGCCAGAACAUUAGUGCUGCAACACUGGCUCUGCCAUCCAAGCUCCUUCCUCUGCCAUCACAACUCCCUCCUCUGCUGUCCAAGCUCCCUCCUCUGCCAUCACAACUCCCUCCUCUGCCAUCAAAACUAGCUCCUCUGCCAUCCAAGCUCCCUCCUCUGCCAUCACAACUCCCUCCUCUGCCAUCAAAACUAGCUCCUCUGCCAUCACAACUCCCUCCUCUGCCAUCAAAACUAGCUCCUCUGCCAUCCAAGCUCCCCCCAUUGCCAGCCAAGCUCCCCCAUUUGAAUCCACCCCUUCUGAGAGCAUUCUGCAACCCAGUUGCCCCUCUGCCUCCCAUCCAGUGCAGGAGAAAACAAGAGGACCUAGACCUAGAGAGUGUUUCAGAACAUUCCACACAGAGUGCUGUGGCAGAGCAUUUGAUGGUGAAUCUUGAUGCUGAUGGUCAAAGUCCAGAGGCUACCAGCACAUUGUCCUCUGAGUCCCUAGCAGCAGGUGACAGCGUGGUAGAGCAGGAGAGGAAAAAGACGAGAAGCAUUAAAGAGAGGUUUUUUCAGUUCCUCAGGAAACUGAACUGCUGCAGUGCCAAAGAGGACUAGAAAGACCUAUCAACCCACUUUGAUCAUUUGUAUUUGUUUAAUUUUCCUAGCCACCAUAAAUAAAUCAUACUCAAAAUCCAUGGUUA